GGCGGCGGCCGAGCCCCGGUCCUCGGGAAACCCCUUCGUGGACUGCGGCUCCGGGAGGCCCUUGGGAGGAGAGGGCCUGGGGAGUGGGCCAGGAAGGCGGGCCGGGAAGCGGAUGCCAGGCCCCUCCGGAAGCCCCCGCCCCCGCCCGGGUCUUCCUCACCCGCCGGGCCGGUGGUCCUGUCUGCAGUGCGCCCCGCCCCUUCAGCCGCGCCGAGUGCCCAGAGGAGCCAGCCCACGUCCUCCGCGGGCUUGCGGGAUCGUGGCCAGCCUCGAGAGGCCGGAGCCCCGGACCCGGGAACGCCCGGCUUGCGGCUGUGGGGGAGCGGCCCGCCCUCCACCUCUGAUGCUGCCCACCCUGUCUGUAAUUUCUCAAGUCGGACAGGAGUCCCCAAGGGCAGUGGCGGGGAGGGCAGUGCCUGGUUCAGAGGAAGGAAGGGCCGUGGGUGGCGGUGGGGGGUCCAAGCACAGGGCUGUUGGCUGGGGACGGUGCUGCGGCUGGGGUGGGAGGGGCGCACUGCUGGCUCCUGUGGCUCAGAGAGCAGACUUGGAGGGUGAAGGCGGGUCCUAACACCCAGCAGAGUACCCCGCUCCUGUCCUCGUAGCUCCAGGGUCCCCUGUAGGGCCCUUCUGCUGCGACAGGCACAGUCCCACCCCCCCCGGAUCACCCACCCCUGUCCUGGGGAGACCCCUGAGCAGCAGGGCCUGCAAUUGGCUUUCUGGGACCCUGGCCCUGGGGCGGGUACCAUGGGGCCUCAGAGCCAUUGGAUACAGGAUGAUGUCAGGAAGUGCCCCAAGAAGGGGGCCCCAGAUGAGCACAGAGCCAGUCCAGCUGGGAAGAUUCCGGUCUCCCACUGUGCUCCUCUGAACAGCCCAGGCGCUGAAGUCCAGCCUGGGCCCAGGCCCAGCAGCUCUGCUGGCCCCCUCCCCUCGGGGCUCCCACCAGGACUUCCUGGGGAGGGAAGGGCCCAGCCUUCCAGCUGCCUGUUGGAAGCCGCCCAGCUGUUUGUGGCAUUGGGUGCCGCUUCCGGGGGUGGGCCCUGUGUCAUAAAUCCAUGCUUGUAAGGCCUAGUUGUGACGCCCACCCUGUCCUUUCCUCCUUACCCCCUGCAGCCAUUCUGCCCAAACAAUGACUCCUGCUUCCUGCCUUCCUUUGUGCCCCGUCCCCCUUCUCUCCUCCCUUUCCCCUCUUCCUUUCUCCCCGCGGUGGCGGGAAACAGUCCUCCUGCUGAGGGCUGGGGCAGGGUGGGUGCUGCUUGUACUUAUUUUUGUUCUGAUUUCACAAAUGGGUGCUGAGUCCUUGUAGAAGUCACGGGGAGUCGACUAGUUCCCGGAGGGGUGUGUUAUCCCCACCUUGAGAACGAGGAACGAGUGCCUCGGAGCACAGACCCGCCGCCUAGGAGCGGACGCAGAGUCCAGAUGUCCCAGCCAGAGUGCGGGGGCUUGUGAAACCUCUGCAGGGUGGGCCCUACUCUGCCCCGCCCCCAUUUCCUGGCUCGUGGUCUGAGGCUUCAUGGCGGGCUGGAAGUGGUGGGCCGAGCAUUCCCUGUGUGGCUGUGGCUGGCUGGGGGUAAGAGGAGGGGGUCCUGGUGGGAGGAGGGGCCUAGGGCCUCCUGGGUCCUCAGUGUGUCCUGCUGCUGGCCUGGAGAGGUGUGUUGGAGGAUGUCAAUGUGAGACAGAGGUGAGGACACCCUUCCUGCUUUGAAAGGGAGCAGUGCCAGGGCAGGCUGCCCUGGGCCCUGCUGUGCCAGGGCCACCAGUGACCGAAGCCUUGAGAGUCCACAAUUCGGCACCAGCACUGUCCCAGGGCACCGGUACACUGGCUCUGUGUCCUUUUCUCUAACAGGGACGCUGACACGGUGGACGGGAGAGUUGGGUCUGAGCCCAGGGGGCUGCAUGUCCGAAGGCAGAGGGCCCUGCGGCAGGGGCUCCGUGGGGGUCAGAGCCUCCAUGGGUGGAGAGGGCAGCCAAAGGAGGUGUGUGGGGACGGCCCUCUCCCUUUCUGGGCUGUGCAGCCUGUGCUGCUGAGCCUUGGGCCCAGGUACUUAGGGGACCACUUGCUGUGCACUGAGACACGGGGAGGGGCCGCUGCCUCGGAAAUAGUCCGUGACUUCAGACCCCUGGCUGGCCUGGCCCGAGUUCAUCUCCUCCCCAAAUAGCCAGGGGCUGGUGCUGGGCCCACCCCGUUGCCCAAAGCCCAGGAUGGCCCGCUGAGCUGAAGCUUCCAGGAUAGCUGAUGGCCACUCGCCUUGCUUGGGAUCUUAACCCCUCAGGUCUUACGGUGAAGUCCACUGCCACGGGGGUGGCCCAGAUAGCCAUCCACCCCUCGCUGUCCACAGGCUAGGUGGUUGCAGCGGAUUUCCAUUUCUCUAGGGCUGGGAGGAAGAGGAAGGAGAGGCACUGGGAGCUAGCUUUCCGUGCAGGGGCUCCGCCAGAGCAGAGGGCAGUGGGGCCGACUGGAGGGAGGGCUUACGUGUAUGAAUACAUGUGUCCUUGUGGACCAGGCCAGGCACUCACGGGUCGAGGCCCCUGCCCGCACUGUCCUAUGAUGCUGAGGUCCUCGUUCAGGAUGCUGGGGUGGGCUGAGAACCUGGGGCUUCCUGGCUUUGCCUGCCAGGGUAUUCCGAGCUGUGCCUUAGGAGGAACCCCCGGGAGGGGCAAGAGUUUGUCACAGAGGCUGCUGGGAAUCGUACUUGAAGUCAGGGACCAAGAGGACCCUCGGGAGGUGACUUGAUUGCACACAGGGGAGGCUGUUUUCCUGUCACUGAAGGCACAGACCACCCUUCCUGGGAAGGGAGCCUGCCUUCUGUUAAGGCAUCUCUUGUCGACUGAAGGUGACUCCUUGGAGGGGGGUUUUAGCGGGAAGCCAGCCAGGGCUGAUGCUCCUGGCAGUGGGGAGUGAGUCUCUGGGUCAUGGAACGGGUCUGGGUGGCACCCUGCUGCGGCCACUGCCGGAGGGGACCUGCCAGCGCCAGGCGCCCAGUGCCUUGGAUAUGAGCCCAGGCCCUGGACUCCAGAGAUGACACCACCGCCAGCCUCCGUCUGGGCAUCCCGGUGGGUGGGGCCUGCCUCUCCCUGGCAGGGGUCGAGAACGCCUGAGAAUGCCUGGUAUGGAGAGACGGUCCUGUCUGGCUGAGAGCCUGGCAUGGGAGGAGUGGCACGUGUAGGCUGCAGGAGCUGUGAGCAUCAGGGCUGGGCGGCCUCCCUCUCGCCUGGUGUCCCCAGUCCACCCGCAGUCGCCCUCCCCACGCCCCAGUGAAGGAGUCCUCCUGGAGCUCCUCCAAAGCUUUUCUUGUCUCCCCCUAAGAAUUGUGUUGAUGUGCCUGUGUUCAUAGAAGACCCAGUAUGGGCAGGCACCGCUUUGGUCCCUGGUGUGAGGGACGAUAUGAGCAGGGUGCCUGUCCCUCGCCCAGGUUCCAGGGCCAGCCAGGAAGUUGGUGGCCACCUCAAGCCAUCAGCGUUGUUUUCUGUGGGUCCAGAGCCCAGUAUUGUGCACAGUCAGGCCCGGCAUGACUUGUGGACAGUGGCUGCAGCUCUGCUCAGAGAACUCCAGUGCCGCCUGGUCCCAGAGCAGCAAGGGGCAUGUUUGUAGGUACUGUGAGGCUUGAGGUGCUGGGCCCCAUGGGCCCCAAGGUGCUCUGGGAAUCAGUGAAAGUGUCCUUAGGGGAUCUAUGGUCCCAGUUCUGUUUUCUGCGGGGCCAUAAGCGAGGCCACUGUGAGGAAGUCUGGGUGGUCAGCCCUGCCUGUGCCCUGCUAUUGCCAGUCCCCUCCCCGCUCCCCUGGUCUUCCUCUGGGUGGUUCAGCCCCACACACUCGCGAUGUCAAGAGAGAGGGAUGCUGGGAAGUUCCACUAGGACCUCAGCCUCAAACAGAUGGGUCAUCUUGUGUCCAGCUCCGAGAGUGCAGGGUGAAUGGAUUCGUGUUGUCUGAGGACCUCGUUCGUGCCCUGCGAUGUCUCUUGGGAUGACUGAAGGGGGCGCGGAGCUCAGAGAAGGGCUCCAGGAUCAUCCCUGUGUGCGGCAAACCCUGGGAGGUCUGUGGGCACCGUUCCUGAAUGCCCCCUGCCCCCCCAGGCCCGUCGUGCCCCUCUGGCGCCAUGAGCGAGGCCCGCAGGGACAGCACCAGCAGCCUGCAGCGCAAGAAGCCGCCCUGGCUGAGGCUGGACAUCCCGGCGGCGGCACCCCCAGCGGCGGAGGAGCCUGGCUUCUUCCAGGUAGGCCCCGGCCGGCAGGGGCUGGGGGGGUGCCCUGUCCAGCCUCCUCACUGCGACCCCGCCGCCCAGCCCCUGAGACGCCAGGCUUUCCUGCGGAGCGUGAGUAUGCCCGCCGAGACCGCCCGUGUCCCCUCGCCCCACCGUGAGCCCCGGCGGCCCGUCCUGCAGCGCCAGACGUCCAUCACACAGACCAUCCGCAGGGGCACCGCGGACUGGUUCGGGGUGAGCAAGGACAGUGACAGCACCCAGAAGUGGCAGCGGAAGAGCAUCCGUCACUGCAGCCAGCGCUACGGAAAGCUGAAGCCCCAGGUCAUGCGGGAGCUCGACCUGCCCAGCCAGGACAACGUGUCUCUGACCAGCACAGAGACGCCCCCUCCGCUGUAUGUGGGCCCCUGUCAGCUGGGCAUGCAGAAGAUCAUAGACCCCCUGGCCCGGGGCCGGGCCUUCCGCGUGGCGGAUGACACGGCCGACGGCCUGAGUACCCCGCACACACCUGUCACGCCGGGUGCCGCUUCCCUCUGCUCCUUCUCCAGCUCCCGCUCGGGCUUCAGCCGGCUCCCGCGGCGACGCAAGCGCGAAUCCGUGGCCAAGAUGAGCUUCCGGGCAGCCGCGGCCCUGGUGAAGGGCCGCUCUCUUAGGGACGGCACGUUACGCCGGGUGCAGCGCCGGAGCUUUACUCCCGCCAGUUUCCUGGAGGAGGACACGGCGGACUUCCCCGACGAGCUGGACACGUCCUUCUUUGCCCGGGAAGGAGUCCUCCAUGAGGAGCUGUCCACGUACCCGGACGAGGUGUUCGAGUCCCCUUCGGAGGCCGCGCUCAAGGACUGGGAGAAGGCCACCGAGCAGGCCGACCUCACGGGUGGGGCCCUGGACCGCAGUGAGCUCGAGCGCAGUCACCUGAUGCUGCCCCUGGAACGAGGCUGGCGGAAGCAGAAGGAGGGGGGCGCAGCAGCCCCGCAGCCGAAAGUGCGGCUGCGGCAGGAGGUGGUGAGCGCGGCGGGCCAGCGGCGGGGCCAGCGCAUUUCCAUGCCCGUGCGCAAGUUCUUUGCCCGGGAGAAGCGGCCGUACGGGCUGGGCAUGGUGGGCCGGCUCACCAACCGCACCUACCGCAAGCGGAUCGACAGCUAUGUCAAGCGGCAGAUCGAGGACAUGGACGACCACAGGCCGUUCUUCACCUACUGGCUCACCUUCGUGCAUUCGCUCGUCACCAUCCUGGCCGUGUGCAUCUACGGCAUCGCGCCCGUGGGCUUCUCGCAGCACGAGACCGUGGACUCGGUGCUGCGGAACCGCGGGGUCUAUGAGAACGUCAAGUACGUGCAGCAGGAGAACUUCUGGAUCGGGCCCAGCUCGGAGGCGCUCAUUCACCUGGGCGCCAAGUUCUCGCCCUGCAUGCGCCAGGACCCGCAGGUGCACAGUUUCAUCCGCGCCGCGCGGGAGCGGGAGAAGCACUCGGCCUGCUGCGUGCGCAACGACCGGUCGGGCUGCGUGCAGACGUCGGAGGAGGAGUGCUCGUCCACGCUGGCAGUGUGGGUGAAGUGGCCCCUCCACCCCAGUGCCCCAGACCUUGCCGGCCACAAGAGGCAGUUUGGCUCUGUCUGCCACCAGGACCCCAGGGUGUGUGAUGAGCCUUCCUCGGAGGACCCCCACGAGUGGCCGGAUGACAUCACCAAGUGGCCGAUCUGCACCAAAAACAGUGCCGGGAACCACACCAACCACCCGCACAUGGACUGUGUCCUCACGGGCCGGCCGUGCUGCAUCGGAACCAAGGGCAGGUGUGAGAUCACCUCCCGGGAGUACUGUGACUUCAUGAGGGGCUACUUCCACGAGGAGGCUACCCUGUGCUCGCAGGUGCACUGCAUGGAUGACGUGUGUGGGCUCCUGCCCUUCCUCAACCCCGAGGUGCCUGACCAGUUCUACCGCCUGUGGCUCUCCCUCUUCUUGCACGCUGGGAUCCUGCACUGCCUGGUGUCCGUCUGCUUCCAGAUGACCGUCCUGCGGGACCUGGAGAAGCUGGCCGGCUGGCACCGCAUUGCCAUCAUCUACCUGCUGAGUGGGGUCACCGGUAACCUGGCCAGCGCCAUCUUCCUGCCAUACCGGGCAGAGGUAAGGCUGCCCCCAGAGUGGGGACCCAUCCCAGACUGGCUCCAUGUCCAGCAUGGAGCGUGGGUCCCCGGACAGUCCAGCCUGGGGGCAUCUCCUUUUGGCUCCUCAGUUUUGACAUGGGCCGUGGGAGGCAGGACAGGGAGACGGGGCUCUGGGUCCAGAGCGGGUCUGCUGGGCCUCACCAGCUCACGGACACCCACACUGUCGCCAGGUGGGCCCAGCCGGCUCCCAGUUUGGCAUCCUGGCCUGCCUGUUCGUGGAGCUCUUCCAGAGCUGGCAGGUCCUGGCGCGGCCCUGGCGAGCCUUCUUCAAGCUGUUGGCGGUGGUCCUCUUCCUGUUUACCUUCGGGCUGCUGCCCUGGAUCGACAACUUCGCGCACAUCUCAGGCUUCAUCAGCGGCCUCUUCCUGUCCUUCGCCUUCCUGCCCUACAUCAGCUUUGGCAAGUUCGACCUGUACCGUAAGCGCUGUCAGAUCGUCGUCUUCCAGGCGGUCUUCCUGGGCCUCCUGGCCGGCCUGGUGGUGCUCUUCUACUUCUACCCCGUGCGCUGCGAGUGGUGCGAGUUCCUCACCUGCAUCCCCUUCACCGACAAGUUCUGCGAGAAGUAUGAGCUGGACGCGCAGCUCCACUGAGGGGCCGCCCCGGGCCUCCCGGGCCCCCCGGGCCCGACCUUGGCCUGCGCGCCCCGCGUGCGGCCGGCUGGUGCCCUGCACUGACCUCUUGUGCCUUGCUCACCGCGGUGGACUUCUCGUCCUCCAGGGCGUUUACUACACUAGUUCCCACGAUUACCUUCUAACGAGUUUUUUGACGACCACCUCGUGUGGCCAAUAAAUGCACCGGGAGCGUUUUAGCUGCCACUAACUUACCAGCGCUGCCUCCUCUUUGUGGUCUCUGGCUAGGGCUGUGGAGGGGGGUCCUUUAGGCCUCUUCCCCACCCUCCCCUCCCGCUUAUGGCUCUGCAGAGUGGGGAACAAAGUGUCAGACACACCUCCCAGUGAAGUUUCUCCGCCAGGUGGCUGGCUGGACCUUGUCCCCACCUUUAGGGUGACUGGCGGCUGACAAUGAGAGAAGAACCCAUGGUUGUGCUAUCGUACCCUCCCCCACCCCGAGAAGUACCUGACCCCAGCCCUCCCUCUGCAGCCAGAGGCUGCCUCCCUUUCUAGGAGCCACAGGGUGAAGGGUGCUGCUCCAGGCGAACCCUGGGAGCUGAGGCCGGAGACCUCACCCACAUACUGUUGGCAGCAAGGCCUCUGUUGCCCCGUAAGCGCACAAAGCCAGCCAUCGACUUCAUGUCGCCUUGCCGUAGAAAUCACGGUAGAAUCACUGGUCUUGUGGCCGGGGGAUGGUGUGGCCGCAGGGCUCAGAGCAAGCGACGGAGACCUCAGGGCUCCCCUGCACCGUUUUCUGCCCUUGCCUCCCCU